UUAUUUGUUAAAAUCUAUAAUUUCAAAUAUUAAUGAAUAUACCGCUAAAUCAAUAAAUUCACAGAGCACACACCGAAACAAUAAUGGCGGAUUGCCAUUUAUAAAUAAAGGAAAUUAAAUAGAAAAGAGGAGUUCAUACCAUACCAUACCAACCAAAGUUGAUAUAAUAGUAAAUCUUGGCACCUCAUUAUAUAUUUCGAGAUUUCAUACCCCUGUAACCAUUUCCAUUGGCUUGGACGCUCUAGAGAGAGAGAGAGAGAGAGAGAGAGAGAGAGAGAGAUGAACGAGAGAAGAGGCGAAGCAUCCCCUCGCAGCUUGGAGCCGUGGGUGGAGCUGAGAGACAAGGUAGUGCUGGUGACCGGCGCGUCGUCGGGGCUCGGCCGUGACUACUGCUUGGAUCUGGCUAAAGCUGGCUGCAGAAUCGUAGCCGCAGCGAGGCGAAUCGACCGCUUGCAAUCACUCUGCGACGGGAUUAACGGUGGAGCCGGCGAGCCGAUUCGAGCCGUGGCCGUGGAGAUCGACGUCAGCGGGAGCGGAGCCGCCAUUGAAGCCGCCGUGAACAAGGCUUGGGAUGCUUUUGGAAGAAUUGAUGCUCUCAUUAACAAUGCCGGUGUAAGAGGGGUUAUACACACUCCACUGGAUUUGAGUGAAGAUGAAUGGAAUGAGCAAAUGAGGACGAAUCUAACGGGAACAUGGCUGGUGUCCAAGUAUGUUUGCCGGCGAAUGCGCGACGGCGGACGAGGUGGUUCCGUCAUCAACAUCUCCUCCAUAGCAGGCCUCGAACGCGGCCACCUACCCGGAGGUCUUGCUUAUGUUGCUUCAAAAUCCGCCAUUAAUGCCAUGACCAAGGCUAUGGCCUUGGAAUUAGGAGAGUACAAUAUACGAGUGAAUUGUAUAUCUCCUGGGCUAUUUAAGUCUGAAAUAACCCAAGGUCUGAUGCAAAAAGAUUGGCUUAAUAAAGUAGCUAUGAAAACGGUACCUUUGAGAACGUAUGGCGAAUCAGAUCCGGCAUUGACAUCGUUGCUGCGAUACUUAAUCCACGACUCUUCUCAAUAUGUUACGGGAAAUAGUUUUAUAGUCGAGGCCGGAGUCACCUUGCCCGGUUUUCCCAUUUUCUCCUCUCUCUAGAUAAACACAAGUAUACAUAUCAAGACAAGUAUCAUUUUAUUUCAAUAUCUCUCCUAAUUCUCGUUAUUGUUUCGGCCUGGCUGCUUACAGUUAUACAUCUUGGAUCUUUAUUACUAUCAAUUCAAUUGAAAUUGUGCUUUCAGAUA